AUGUUGCCAUUUAAGCGGCGUUUUCUAACUUCCGAGGCACAUCAAACGCCACAAUAUUGAUAAACACUUAGCUCGAGGGAUUUGACGAUCGUAUUCGUAUAUACUAGCUUAAUAAAAGUUUUAAAGUUCGUUCGUCCUCAACCGUGUUCAUCAAACUUCAGAACAAUCAGUAAAGGGUACAUUGGAAAAGUCCAUGAUCCAGGUUUCACGCGUUGAGAAGCCUGAAGCUAGCACGUUGCUAACUUAGCUAACACGUUGCACCUCGUCGCCUCCCUCCACAAAAGUAAAGGACAGAUAAAGUAAUGUGACAAAACUGACUGUGUGAGGCAAGAAGAGAGAUGAAGAGAGGGAACUGGAAACAAGGUCGUCGUCGCCGUGGAUGGCGCAGGAGCAACCGUCAGACAUUUCAAGGCGACGAACAGUGGUAUGAACAUAAUGAAGCUGGGCCAUCAAACAGAGCUUCUCAGAGCUAUGAUAACCAAUCUGCCUCAUUUUCCUCAUCCAGCUAUACAGCACCAGAGUUGCCAGGUUUCUACUUUGACCCGGAGAAGAACUGCUACUUCCGUCUGCUGCCCGGACACAACAACUGUAACCCUCUGACCAGGGAGCAGCUGCUAAAGAAGGAACGGGAGAAACGGAGGCAUGAGAUGCUCACAGAAGAUGAAAAGCCAAGAAAAAAAGCACCAAGAGCAGGGCUGAACACGUCACUGCUGCUGCAGAAGAGGCAUCUUGGGCUCUUACGGGAGAACUCCUACUGCAGGUUCAUCCAUGAGGUGAAGGCCAGCUGCAUGAGGCGCCACAAGCUGGAGAUUCAGAUCACGGACGACAGCAACCCCAACGCCCACAACUUCAGACGCUUAGUGGGGGAUUCGGCAAGUGAGCGAGUGUUCACGGUCAACGACGUCACUCACGGCGGCUGCCAGUACGGCAUCAUGAACUUCAGCAGCAGCAGCCGGGGCUCUCUGCUCGCUGAAAUGUGCGAUAACCUCUACUUCACCAAUCGCAAGGUGAACUCUGUCUGCUGGGCCUCGGUCAACUACCCUGACUCGCACAUUUUGCUGUGUCUGGUGGGAGCUGCCGACACUCCCGGCUGCGUUAGUUUACUUCCUGCUACGCUCUUCAGCAACUUCAAUCAAGAUCAGCCUGGGAUGCUGUGCAGCUUUAAAAUCUCCACAGCCUGGUCCUGUGCUUGGUGCCUCAAUCCACAGUUUGACAAGACUUUCAGCACCGGCCUGACCCGUAGAGUCAUUCUGAAAGAUGCCGAGACGGGACGAACGCAGACGUACGGAGUCGGCACUGACGUUCUGGCUCAACAUUUUGCCCUCAGAGUCCCCGUCCUGUUUAACGGAUGCCGAUCAGGGGAGAUUUUCAGCAUGGACCUGCGGCAGCGCGUACGCAGGGAUCACGGCUGGAAGGCCAAACGCUUCCAUCACGAGUCGGCCAUCACCUCCGUUCGACUUCUGCAGGAUGAGAACUACCUGGUGGCUGCGGACAUGCUGGGCCAGAUCAAGCUGUGGGAUGUGCGAGUAACAAAGCCGGUGCAGGAGUACAAGGGGCAUCACAACGAGCACGCCUACCUUCCCGUCCACGUCAACGAGCACGAAGGACUCCUGUUAGCCGUGGGUCAGGAUUGCUACACAAGGAUCUGGAGCCUAACGGAUGCUCAUCUGCUCAGGACCAUCCCGUCACCCCAUCCAGCUGCAAACGACGCGAUCCCCAGCGUGGUCUUCUCCUCGAAUCUGGGCGGCUGCAUGGGGCUCCCCGGGCUGCUCAUGGCCGUCAAACAUGACCUGUACUACUACCCUUACAACACCGACUACCAGGAAGGAGAGCUGAGGGAGGGAUAACGGCUGCUCGUUUGAUGUUAUUUUAUUCAAAGGUUUGUUGUAGAAGGUUUCAUUUGAGGGUGCAGUCAGGUUGUCAAAAACAGGGCUUCUAUAUAUAUUUCUUUUUUUUUCUACAAUUUUUUAAAUUAUCUAUGUGGAAAACGUUAGGAGGUCAAAGAAACGUGGCGAGUCUGAAGUUGGGUUGUGGAAAGAACAGCUUACUGCAGAUAUAUGUGAAAACAUUUGAAGUCACUUUUUUUUUUUUAUAAAGCACAUUUCAAAACAGCAGCUGUUGCCAAAGUGCUUC